AUGUCUAAAUACCAACAAUCAAAAUACUAUUUAAAACAAGAAACAGAAGAAAAACAUAGAAGACAAGAAAAUGAAUCUUGGUCUUUAUGGAUUGAAGACAUGAUUAUCGAAAAUCAUAGAAUUGAUAUUCUUAAAGAAGAAGAAUAUAAAUUUAGACAAUCUAUUCAAAAAACACCAAUCAAAGAUGAUAAAAUUAAAAUUAUUAACGAUUUUACCAACGAAAUAUAUGAAAUCUCUAAAGAAGAUUCUGAUAUUAAUAAUGAUAUCAACGAAAUUGUUAAAAAUAUAGAAGAAAAUUCUAAUUCUGAAAUAGAUAAAAAUACAGAAAAAAAUUCUAAUACUUCUGAAUUAGAAAUCAUUAACAAACGAGAAAUUGAUAACAAAAAUUUAAUUAAUUACAAUAAAAUUAAUUCUAUUUAUGACUAUAAUUAUUUUAAUUUCAUUGAUUUUAAUGAUAAUGUAAUCAAUUCAACUUUAGAUAACAAUUUAUUUUAUGAAUAUUUUAAUUUUGACAACAUACUUAAAUAA